AUUCCCUAGCGUAUCUUUCUCUGCUAUUAAUCUGCCAUUCAUAUUCCCCCGUUACUAUAUUUCUACUAUUUUCUUCUUACUCUUGUAACGAAUGAAGAUGAAUUCUCAGUAUACCAGUCUACCCUCUGUAUGCCCCCUGCGCUUCCUCUUUCUCGUCUUCACAAUAUCCAUGUCAUUCCUCGCUUCUUCAUCUCAAACUUGUCCAGGCUUUAGGUGCGGGAAGCAUUUUUUUCCAUAUCCUUUUGGUGGGGUGAACAGCGGCUGUGGUGACCCCUCGCUUCAGCUUGAAUGUGAUCGUGACGAGAAUAUGACUGUAAUUAAUAUUAGUGGCUAUCAAUACUACUUAUGGUAUCUCCCUGAAUUUUGGCAAGAGCAUCACUUGAAAAUAAUUGAGAAAAAUCUGUGGAGGGAGGGAUGCAAUCCAUUGGUGAGGAAGCAUACAACAGAAAUCUUGUCUACUAGCCUUCGAUUUAAUAUUACCGAUGACUACAGGAAUUUAACUCUAUGGGAGGGAUGCCCUCCUAAAACAAUUGAGGAUAAACUAGUGUCUCCAUUGCAAUGUAAUUAUAGUUGGUACUUUAAUUUGACGGAAGAAUCGAAUUUGGGUAGCAUGUGUAAAUCGGAGGUUACAUUCCCAGUUGAGAACUUACAAAUUCCUGUAGGGCAAGAAUUACAAGAUCAAGGGUUCCGAAUUAAAUGGAUACCCAACGAAACCUGCACUGUUUGCGAGGUUAGUGGCGGGUUUUGUGCAUAUCACAUCAAUUCGAUUCAGAUUUAUUGCGAUCGGAGUAAAAGCAAGUCCCAAACCUGGAAAAUUAUUCUAGCCGCAAUUGGAGGCACUGCGCUCGUAAAAGCAGUAGUGGCGUUCUUCAUUUAUAAGAUGAGAAGGAGAAAAGCAUCUCCCACCCAGGGGACUAGCGAUUUCAGCCAUUGUCAAGGAACCGUAAUAGAAGGGGCCCAGAAAGGCUACAUGUUAGGUACUUUGCGCAUAUUUUCUUAUCAAGAACUUCAACAGGCCACAAAUUUCUUCGACGACCAGAACGAGCUUGGAGACGGCGGGUAUGGCGCGGUCUAUCUGGGCAAACUUGAGGACGGACGAGCUGUAGCAGUGAAGAGACUUCAUCAGGAAAACUCUAGAAGAUUUGAACAAUUUAUCAACGAGGUACAUAUUCUAUCCUCUCUUUACCAUCCGAACCUCGUUCGCCUUUACGGUUGUACAAGGCCGGAGAGUCCGAUUCUGCUGCUUGUUUACGAAUAUGUGCCAAAUGGAACCCUGUCCGAUCAUCUGCAUGGAAGCCGACGAAGCCUGAGAGGAAUGCCUUGGGGAAGUCGUUUAAAAAUUGCCCUACAAACAGCCCAGGCCUUGGCGUACCUCCACAGCAUUGAGCCGUCCAUAUUCCACAGAGAUGUAAAAUCAAAUAACAUUCUUCUGGAUCAACAUUUGGGGGCAAAAGUUGCAGACUUUGGACUUUCCAGACUGGGGCCGGUGAAUGUCUCCCACGUCACUACUGCUCCGCAAGGCACGCCAGGGUAUGUUGACCCAGACUACCAUCAAUGCUUCCAGCUCACUGAAAAGUCUGAUGUCUACAGCUUUGGGGUUGUUCUGGUGGAGAUCAUCUCUGCCAAAGUAGCCGUAGAUAUGAACCGAAAUAGAAACGAAAUUAGUCUAGCUAAUAUGGCCAUAGACAAGAUCAGAAGAGGUGUUUUGGAUGAAUUGGUGGAUCCAGAUUUGAGGAUUGAAACCAACCAUGAGGUUAAGCCCAUGGUUGCUGCAGUUUCUGAAUUGGCCUUUGAAUGCCUCGCAAUAGAAAGGGAUUUCAGACCAUCCAUGAAAGAAGUUGUUGCUUGUCUCGAGCAAAUCACGGAAAUGCUGCAGCAAAGCAUAGAAUCUUCCAAGCUCACAAGCAUCUCGCCCACAGCCUCUCCACUUUCAGUACCAAUCAUGGGUUCAGACAGGAGUGGACAAUAUUGGGUUCCUUUGUCUUUGUAGUUUGUAUAGACAUAAGCCAUCUAUGUUUUUAAUGUAUUCAGUAGUAGUUUCUCAAUAUACGUAUGAGGAACAUAUAGACCAAUAAUCGUUUCCGCUUGUAUAGUAGAGUUCUUAUUA